CUUCUGAAUCACAGACGCCUCCGACUCUACACGGAUCUAGCUUCACAAAAACCGCGUCCCCUGCAGCCACGACCUCGAAAUCAGAUAGCCGUCUGUGCUGUUUACAAGAAGAGAAGGGAACAAACUGAAAACAGGUCGACUGGAGGCAAAAAACAGACAGCUGCGCACAUCGGCAGCCGUUAGCGGACUUGGCUAGCCGCAUCGCCGACGCAUCUUGCCCGCGAGACGUCGGGCUGAAUAACCGUGUGCUUCAUUAUUCUCAUCCACAUAAACAAAACUGAGCCGUGCAGCAGAAUCGCAGCGGGUUCGGCGGAGCUGUCCGGCUCUUGCUCGCUCUGCAGGCCUGGGUGUGGGUGCGGAGAAUGCUAAAGGAUGAGUCAGAGGGACACCCUGGUUCAUCUGUUUGCUGGAGGCUGUGGUGGCACUGUAGGUGCAAUACUGACAUGUCCUUUGGAAGUGGUGAAGACGAGGCUGCAGUCGUCUUCUGUGACUUUUUACAUCUCUGAAGUUCAGCUCAGCACUGUGAAUGGGCCCAGCGUGGCCCGUAUGGCCCCACCAGGGCCUCUGCACUGUCUCAAGUUAAUACUGGAGAAAGAAGGUCCUCGCUCACUCUUUAGGGGGCUGGGACCAAACUUGGUGGGAGUGGCUCCAUCCAGGGCAAUAUAUUUUGCUGCCUACUCCACAGCCAAAGAGAAGCUGAACAAUGUGUUUGAUCCUGACUCUACUCAGGUGCACAUGCUGUCCGCUGGUUUAGCAGGGUUCACUGCCAUUACAGCAACCAACCCGAUCUGGCUUAUAAAGACCCGAUUGCAGCUUGAUGCCAGGAACCGUGGAGAGCGGCGCAUGAGUGCGUUUGAGUGCGUCCGGCGUGUCUAUCAGUCAGAUGGCUUACGGGGAUUCUACAGGGGCAUGUCUGCUUCUUAUGCUGGCAUAUCAGAGACUGUCAUCCACUUUGUCAUCUAUGAAAGCAUUAAACGCAAACUCAUUGAGCACAAGGCCAACUCUAACAUGGACGACGAAGAUGAAUCUGUAAAAGACGCUUCAGACUUUGUUGGAAUGAUGCUGGCUGCUGCCACAUCCAAGACUUGUGCCACGUCAAUUGCUUAUCCUCACGAGGUUAUUCGUACCAGACUACGAGAGGAGGGCAGCAAGUAUCGUUCGUUCUUCCAAACUCUAAACAUGGUGUUCCGGGAGGAGGGUUACAGAGCGCUGUACCGAGGCCUCACCACUCACCUAGUCCGACAGAUCCCUAACACUGCUAUAAUGAUGUGCACCUAUGAGCUGGUGGUCUACCUGCUCAAUGGUUAACACAUGGAGAGAGACCAGGAAAGAGAGAGGGAGAAAGACAGACAGAGAGAUGAACAAGGUGAGAAAGCGAAAGCUAGAUGGAAACCGAGAGAGAUUGUCCAAGGCUUAGACCAAAGGAAGUAGAACAAAUCCUAUAAACGCACGGUUAACCUAGACCCCCUCAAAAGGGUCUACUGGUUUCCGAGAACGAGAGGGAUUUGAGCCUGGACAGCAUUUCAAAAAAAGAAACAGACAAGCGUUUGUUCAUUUUGAAAUGUUUUAUGAGAAGGACAAUCAGAGAGGGGAAUGCUUGAAGAAAAACACAAACCUGGCAGAAGAAAUAACAAAAAAAAGCCAUUCAAAACUUGUUCUUGUCUGAGCCAUUGCUUUUUUAAAAAGAAAAAGGAAAAACGAGCCUGUUGGGAUCUGAAGUGACUUUGUAGGAAAGAAAAUAUCUAAAUAAAUAAAUAUUAAAAGAGCACAACAUGGUGUUUUUCAGAUGUGGCACAGUUAAGGGUGUUUUUCUUUUUUUUUACUUCACCGUUUCAUAAACAUGGCAUUUUUUGCCUUUCCAGCAUUGGUUGUUUCAAGCAUUCUCCUCUAGAGGUCACCUUCCACUCUUUCCAAACCUGCAGAUGGUUGUCCACGCACAAUUGUCCAUUUGCUGUCGUUGAAUUGAUGGUCACGUGACCCGUGGCCCCUCAUGUGCUUCAAACUGAAGUGUUUCUUUGUUAGGUUCAUGUUAUGUUUAACCAUACUUAUUAUUUUUUUGUGUGUGUGCGUUUUUUGAUGAUCAUACCAUUGUCCUAAUAUCAGUAUAGUAUGUAUUCGGGUUGCUAUUUUAGAAUUGGGAGACGUUGUCCUGCUUGCAUCACUGGGCCUUUUUUUUUUUUAAACUGAGAUGGUGGAGCGUUCUCGAAUUUAUCGCCACAGUUCAUUGCUGCAAAAGCCUAUACUUGAAUCCCAGGUGUCGGCGAGAGCCAGAGAUGUAUUUACCGAUUGCUAAAUGGUAGUGGCUAAUGCUAAACCGGAGCAUGUUGCCUACAAACAACAUGCAACUUUGUGGCGAUAUUAUUCGUCAAAAGGCAAUAGUCAAUUUUUUUCCACUUAAGAGUGGGAAUACAAGCUGCAGAAUUGUGUCCCGCUCUCUGGAUUCCUCUAACAGUGGCUUCUGACUGACCGUAUAUGCACUUUGUGGCCUGUUUAGGCUUGCGCAAACCUUUUUUUUGUUUUUCAGUUUGGGACAGUUUUAAUCUUAUAUUGUAAAACAUAGUGUUACUAUGUAAGCAAGACGAUGUUUUGCUGAACAGUUCCCUUUGGAAAUUCUUGUACAGUUCAGUGUACUAAACAUUUAGUGAAGGAUAUUCUUGUAUGUGUAUAUACUGUAUGUAUGCAUAUCAAAUAUCCAGUGUUCAUAACUUAAAUCCACUGAUUAUGCAGUAGUAUUAUUUGAAUGACUGCAUUUGUUCGUGUGUGUUUGAUAGAUUUAUCUCAGAAGGAUGUUUUUUUUUUCUUCUUUUUCUUUUUUUUCUUUUUUUUUUUAUAUAUUUUCUUUAAUUUUAGUUUGUCACUCCUCAUUCUGGCCCUUGACUCAUUGCUUGACAUGGAGUAAGCCCACCCACCCUUCAAACCCUCCCACAAUGUUUUCAUCUCAAUUGUUGGUUUACAUUACUGUUGUCUGUACGUUCACACCCUCCAUUUGAAGGAUCUCAAACUGUUAAUGUUAUCAACUUUUACAAUUCAGUUACCAAUACAUGGGCUUAAAGUGUUAGUUUGCUCCAAAAUAAACAUUUGUCAUCGUUAUGUAAUCGCCUUCACAUCAUUCCAAACUCCUUAAUUCAUCUUUAAAACAAAAAUGAAGAUAUUUAUUCAAAUCUAAAGGAGAUUUCUUUAAAAGAAUGCCUAAUGCCACAAAUGUUCUUAAGGGAUGUAAAUAAUAAGAGAUAAAAAAAAAGGAAUCCUAAUGAAUUGAGUGGUUUAAGUCUACUGAAGAGACAUGUUUGCUUUAUACAAUCAACAGAUUUAUUAAUUAGGCUUUUUUUCAUAUAAACAUUGAUCAGUGAACAAAAAACUCAGUCACACCUGCUUGAUGUGCAAGAACAAAUGCCAAUGGUUGUUGUACAUCAAGCAAGCAAACUUUGUUUCUUUGCCAAAUAAAAGGGUUGACAUUAUUAUUAUUAUUAUUAUUAUUAUUAUUAUUAAUAGUAAUAAUAAUAAUAAUCAAUACUUUGAUUUGAUGUGUUUAUUCAUAUGAAGAUGAUUGAAUUCGGUGAGUUUGGAAUGACAGAAGAGAAAAUGACAGAAUAUUGGGGUGAAAUAACAGUUUAAAAUGAUAAUAUGAGCCAAUUAUAUAAAGCCUCAUGCUGAUCGAUCCCAUGCAGAGUCUUUAGUGGUCCUGUAACAUUUUUAAUAGUAUCAGUAUUUUUUCUAGGAGCAAAAAAUAAAACAAAAACAUGGUUUUGUUAGAUUCCAUCGUUCAGAAGCAAAAGUGAUGUGCAUUUUGGCAUUGUGUUUUCGUACAUUUGGAUGUCUUUUCUGUCCAGUUUGAGUCCAUUUGAAAUCACCAGUAUCUGUAAUGCUGCAGAUUACGCUCUGGAACACUUUAAUGCUCAUCAAAACACUUUAAUUUUCAUUACUGAUGAUUAUACACACAACAUCAAAUAUUAUGCAAUUAGAGCCGGACUCCUCACAGCUAACAUGAUCUCGUCCAGCAAAUAUUGCUUUAAUUAAUGAACAAAAAGCUUUUUUGUUUUUAGAAACAAAGAUAUCCUUAAAAAAAAAGUUUGAGUGUUGUUGACGGAGGAGUAAAAUGAGUGCGUAGAUACUCGUGUUUAAAUUAAAGAAGUAAUGCCCUGUUAAAAAAGUGAUCUCUUGUAAACGUAAAUGAAUGACGCUCUUAAGUUUGCUUUCAACAAAUGCACUUGUAACUUCACAGUCUCUCAGAGACUUUAAUGGCAUUAUGAAGAUACUCAAACAAACAAAAAAGGCAUUUUCAGAAAGCGAUGUUAGAAUAUUCAGACAGACUUGAGCAUUCAGUUAACUGAGCCCAACUGUUUGACAGAAGUAUUGAACAUAACGGAUUAAUCAUUUCAUAAUCUUCAUUUCACGUUCAGUGGCAUAUUCGGCAGUUUUCAUGUGUGGUUGUCUGUAUUACGCAGUCUAACAUGACCAACACUAACAUUUUUGUUUUGUUUGUCAACACCUGUUAUUUUCUUUUUGUUUUUGACUUUUUGUUUAGUUUUAUUAAUUGUUUUUUUUUUUUGAGUAAAUGUGGCCUAUUUUUGCUGGUUAUGUGAUCAUACCUCUUUUUGUACAAACUGUCAAUAAAAAAUGAUGAAAAACCAA